ACACCUCUGGUGUUGACUCACAAAUAAAAAAACACUUGAACAACAACCUCCCCCCCAAAUUCCGUUUAACGAUCUCACUCAAAACCACUCUCAUUUCUCACACACAUUCGCAUUCAACAACCUGCUGAAUUCAGUCAACAAUCUGAUGGCGGAUGGCGAUAAUCCAUCGCAGUACGUAAAAUUGAACAAAAAUCAAGCGGAGGUUGAAAUCAAUCCCGGAGAACUCAAUCAGCCGAUCGAAGUUCCUCAGCUGAAUGUUCGCAAGUGCAAUGAAUGUGGGCAGCCUUUACCUGAGAGCUUUGAGCCACCUGCUGUUGAGCCUUGGACAACUGGCAUAUUUGGCUGUACUGAAGAUACCGAAAGCUGCUGGACAGGAUUUUUUUGUCCAUGUGUUCUGUUUGGGAGAAAUUAUGAAAGCUUGAGAGAUGAUUACGCAUCUGCAACAACUCCAUGUGUUCUUCACGCAAUUUUCAUUGAGGGUGGAUUGGCUGUCGCUGCAAUAACCGCAGCAUUGCAUGGCGUUAUUGACCCCGGUACAUCAUUUCUCGUUUGUGAAGGAGCCUUGUUUGGUUGGUGGAUGUGCGGUAUCUACACCGGUGCUGUUCGACAAAUGUUACAGAAGAAAUACCAUCUCAAGAACUUACCGUGUGACCCGUGUUUGGUGCACUGUUGUCUGCACCCGUGUGCUUUGUGUCAAGAACACAGGGAAAUGAAGGGACGGCUUUCCGACAACUUUGUGAUGCCGAUGACCCUCGUCAACGCUCCACCCGUUCAACAAAUGAACUCAACCCAAGACUCGUCUUCUGCAAAUACCCAUCAACAUCGUACCAGUUUAGAGAUGUCACCACUAUGACAACGUUAUCUGCUGUUACGUUAUAUAGGACAUUCAUUUCGAAACACCAAUAUUAUGUUGAGAAUCGCAGAACCGUAUAAGCACAUGUAUAUAGUGCUUCAAGAAAGGUUAAAAUUGAAAAACAAUGAUGUACUUCUUUCCCCACUUUCUUUGAUUUUAUCUACUCUCUCCUAACCUCUUUUUA